AAAACAAAAAGCGUCCUCUAUUAUGAUAUAUUUAAAUAGCAGCUCUCAAAGUAAAGCGUCCUCUUAAGGCAUGCACAUGUCUAAGAUCCUUUUUUGCAUUCAGGAAGUGCCUACGGACACAACCUCAUCUGAUGAUGAAGCAGUCUCCAACAAUGCAGCGCCCGGACUAAGCCAAGCAGCAGGUCAAGCUUCAGUCUUGUCAGAUAUAAACAGCGUACUUCAAACUGAUACGUUGAGUAGUCAGGAUGAACAGGAAACUUCAAACGACGCUUGUGGUGCAGCGGCCUCCAGCAUGGCAUCUGCUGCGGUCAGUCGCAAUACUUCAGAACUGCAAGCAACCAAUGAUGGGCCACAGCAUGCCAUCCCGAUGAUUUCCCACGACACAUUGCUAAAUGAUGAAGAGCUUUCCAUGUCUGAUGAUGAUGGUUCAGAGCAACAUGAUCCUGGAGAGCUGGCUUCAGAAGAUGACAUGCAAAUGCCUAACAGUCCCACAGCGCCUGGUCAUGGUGGCAAGUCGCUUUUUGGAGAGUUAUUUACCGAUGUUGUGACUGAAAGAGUGGUUCUGUCUAGAGGCGAUAUUCUCCUCAUGGUGCUGAAGCACGCUGUCAAAAAUAAUUCAUCAUUUGCAGGGCUGACCAGCAUCUUAGACCUUAUCAACAGAAUUUUCGAACGACCAAUAUUGCCUCAUUCACGUUACCAGCUCUCCAAACUUUUGAGCAAAACAGGCACAACAAUGACAUAUUAUUGUUUUUUGCCCCAAAUGCUUCACACACAUAGAAAAUGCUGA